GAAAUCAAGUUUAGAAAUAAAUCAUCAGUUGCAGUUUGUCGAUACACACCAUCCAACCCAACCAUCAACAUGAAAGUCGCAAUCAUCAUUUUCGCAAUUGCCGCCGUUGCUCUAGCUGCACCACCAACUCCUGAUUCUCAAGCUGCAGUGCUCAGAAAUGAAGUGGACAACAUUGGUGUCGAUGGCUACAAUUUCAGCUAUGAAACUAGCAACGGAAUUGCGGCUGGAGAACAAGGACAAGUUGUAAACGCAGGAGCCGAAAAUGAAGCUCUUGUCGUCCGUGGUCAGUUCCAAUAUACUGGUGCAGAUGGUGUGUUGUACAGUGUCAGCUACGUUGCUGAUGAAAACGGUUUUCAGCCACAAGGUGCUCAUUUACCUGUGGCCCCCCAGUGAAAAUGACUAUUCCGAUAAAUAAAAAUGUUUAACAACAAA